AUGGAGGCAAGGGGACAGGCUGCUUAAAUAAGUGAAUGAAAAGCGGGGAUCCUAGCUCCCCAUGCUCUUGGUUUGCUGAUCUGCUGAUCUGUGAAUUAAUAAGGGUGGGAUCCGUGUGCAGCCCAGGGAGACUCUGCCAUGGAAGGUGAGCUGCUGCUGCUUUUAAGCGUGAUCUUCCUGCUCCAGGGGACAUGUGGGUGCCCAGAGAAGUGCUUCUGUCACUCAUCUUCAAAUUCUGUAGACUGCAGCCACCAAGGUCUGGCUGAAAUCCCUCCUGAUCUGCCUCCUGAGACGCUAACACUGCUCUUGCAAGAUAACCAGAUACGCCAGCUUCCUGCUCUUGCAUUUAGGACAGUACCACGGCUCAAGACCUUAAAUCUGUCCAACAAUUCCCUUUCAGAACUGGCCCCUGAAGCCUUCCAUGGACUUCAGCACUUGCAGGUUUUAAAUCUAACCCACAAUUCCCUGCUUUCCCUAGAAAGCAGACUUUUCCAUUCUCUCCCACAGUUGCGGGAGCUUGAUUUGUCGUCCAACAACAUAAGCCACCUUCCCAAGUCCCUGGGUGAACCUUGGGAGAAUCUAACUGUAUUUGCAGUGCAACAAAACCAGCUUCAGCACCUCAGUCGUGAGCUCCUAGAAUCCAUGCCCAGGGUGAGGCUGUUACUGCUCCAGAACAACCUCUGGAAAUGCAAUCGCCACCUGCUUGGCCUUAAACUCUGGCUAGAGACAUUUAUCUAUGAAGGGGGAAGAACAGACGGCGUCAUCUGUGAGUCACCUGACACGUGGAAGGGAAAGGAUCUCCUUAAAAUCCCCCAUGAGCUGUACCAGCCCUGCCCUCCUCCUCCUCCUCCAGAGUUGGUGUCUUCCCAGGCUGGGCAGCACGAAUCUGAACAUGGGAAGGUCCCCAAGCUUCCUGAGGAUCACAGCUUGGGCCAGCAGCAAGUCUCCGGGUGUGAGGUCAAACCCAAACCAAGGCCUGCCAACCUGCGCCACGCCAUGGCCACUGUGGUCAUCACCGGGGUGGUGUGUGGGAUUGUGUGUCUCAUGAUGCUGGUGGCUGCCAUCUACGGCUGCACCUAUGCAGCCAUCACAGCACAGGGCCAUGGACGACCCUCAGCUCAAACCAGUGAGUCUGGGAAGGCAGAAGGAAAAGAGCCGUUUGACAGCUUGCCAGCCUGAGAGCGUUCAUCUCAGAGAGGACUGAGCAUCACAGGUUGAGAGAGAGGUCUGAGUAUUACUUGUUAUUGUCUCCUUUUGCUUUUUUCAAAAGGUUAAAAAAAAAGUGUCUUUAAAAAGAUGUUCCUGGGAAGAGACAUAUGUAGAAAUUUUUUAAAUACCACAGAUUAAAUAGAGAUGAUACUUGUACCCUGGCCCAAGAAGUUAUGACUAUGAUUCCAUGUGGGAGAUGCCGUACACAGAGA